ACUUCUGACAGGAGACUCUUCUACUCUCUCUCUUUUCUCUCUCUCUUCUACUCUCUCUUUUCUCUUUCUCUUCUACUCUCUCACUUUUCUUUCUUCUCUCUCUCUUUUACUCUCGCUCCUCUGUCUCUUCUGAGAGAAUCUAGUAAUAGUCCCUCACUCUCUCUCCUGCUCUCUCUUGUGUCUUAAGAGAACUUCCACUACGACUGUCUCUCUCCAGUGUUUUGUUGAGAUGAUCUCAGUUUGUCUGUUUAGACAACAAACAUGACUAUUCUCCACCUAACAGGUGAUCUGCUGUUUGAUCUGUUUGAAAGCUGAUGUUGCUGAUCCAGGUGCUGAGGUGGUCUGAGAGGAACAUGGCAAAUCCAUAUAGCUCUUACAUCAGACAGCAGUCCCUCUGGAUCUACCUGACCACCAGUCACACCACCAGACUACCUGUUCCCUAGUAACACACCGUAACAGACUGUAACAGACUGUAGAGACAACAUGGACACAGUUCUGAUGGUUACUCUGGAGGAGCGACAGUCUCUGGUCAUGUCAGCAUCAUCUGGUAGGACCUUCUCACCCCAGACACAGCCACUGGCACAGACACAGGUACAGACACAAGAACAGCAACAGACACAACCAGAGACACAGACACACCAGUCCUCCUCAGAAUGUGCUUCAGAGUCUUCUCACGAUGACGACAGCUCCACAGAGAGCAGUGAGGAUGUUUGUUUGGCUGGACCUCUAAGCCUGGAGCUGUCAAAACUGGAACUAGACCACCAGAACACACCCCAGCAGGAUAGGGUGGCUGGUAGUGACUAUAACAGGACUGGACCUCCUGGGACAGAGGAAAAACUAGCUGUUAGUACUGGAGAUACAGGAGGGCCAGUAGAGUCUGGUUCUGAUGUCUCCCCUCCUGACCCUCUAGACCCUCUCCAGAUCGUCUGUCCCACGGGUCUCCUCAGUGAGCCAGGUGAUGCCAAUAACAAUGGAUUGGAUUUACACAGCACUUCUCCAGCUGAGGACCCCUGCCUUGCCUCCAAUGUUCCUUCUCCUAGGAUAGAGGGAGAUGUGGAUGUUCUUGCUCCUACGAUAGAGGGAAACCUGGAGGUUGAGGACAGUGACAGACCUGUAGAAUCAGGGCAUUCCCUGGAUGCUAACUUCUCUGAUCAGCUAGAGGACAUGGAGCUGGGGCAUACCUCGCCCAGACAGACAGAGAGCGACAUGGAGCUAGAGGGGGAGUCACCCAAAUGGACAGAAACAGACAGCCAGCCUGAGGACCACUCAGAGGGGCCUGUGGAGAACGGACAUGUCCCUACUGAUCUGGAACACACAGAAGACAACCAUGUGCCCUUCCCUCUAGGACCUAUCCGUACCCUUCUGGUCCAAUCAGAGGCAGAGGUCAGCCAUGUCACUAUCUCCGUGGUCCAAUCAGAGACUUUUAGCUCCAUCCCUUCUCUAGUGGUCAGUGUGGACAACAACAUGGAUCCCUUCAGACCUCCCUCCCUCCCCCUGGCCCUCUCUGAGGCCCCCUUGGCGGGGCUAGGCCUCUGCGAUCACCCCCGCAUCAUCAAACACAAACCUAGCUCCAUCACCUUCUCAGACUACACCUGUAGUUCUUCCACCUGUCACUCUAGCACCGACCACAGUGUCUUCAUCAAUGACAGCUCCGACUGCAGGGAGUCUUCUUCAGAGGAGGAUGAUGAAGGUGAUGUUGAGGAAGAUGGGGAUGAUGACGACAUAUUCCCAGAGCUGCUUCAGAGCAGGGAGUUCCUGGUCAGUCGGAGGAGACGGAGCAGCAACAGAGACAAAGUAGUUAAGAAGAGAAGUUCUCUGAAUCCCCAGGCUGAGGCACCAGUCAGCUCUACAACCAACACUACAGCCAGCUCCCACCUCUCCUCCUCUUUUUCCUCCAAAAACCAGAACCACAGCGGCUACGAGGCAGAGACUGAGACCAGCAGCACAGAGGAGUCUCCCCUGGUCCAGCCUCAGACCCUGUGGUGUGAGUCUAUGAGCCAGCUGAUGAGGAAACUGGACCAGCUCAACCUGGACAUAGAGGAGGCUCUGAGUGCAUCAUCCUCCCCCUCGGACACACCCUGCACAGCACGCAGACAACAGUGUGGAGCUGUGUCUGGGACGGCAGUAAACCAAUCUCUUAAUGAGAAGGACAGUACACUGCUGCAGCAAGGGGAACCAGACACAGGAGAAUGUCCCAGACAGGACCAACACAAGACCACGGCCCCUCGUAGCUCAGCCAUAGGAACCAGAGCCAGGACCAAGAAGACAGUCAUGUGCAGUAAGAUGACCAAUGCAGGAGCAGAACUCGAAGCGAAGGAGGCGUGUGAUUGGUUACGAGCGGCAGGAUUCCCCCAAUACGCUCAGCUCUUUGAAGACUCUCAGUUCCCCAUCGACAUCUCUCCUGUGAAGAAAGACCAUGACUUUCUGGACAACGACCUGGUGGAACCUCUCUGCAGACGACUCAACACCUUGAACAAGUGUGCCUCUAUGAAACUAGACGUCAACCUUCCUAAGAAAAAGAGUGAAGACUCUGAUGAGGAGGACCUGUUUGCCAUCAGUGACAGAUGGACGUUUGAGUGUACGAGCCGCCGCUGGUCCAGACUAAAGGGGGAGGGGCAGAGUCCCAGGGAGGGGGAGGGGGAGGGGCGGGGCCUACAGACCACCACCAGUAGCGAGAGUGUUCUAACUGACCUCAGCGAACCAGAGGUCUCAUCUCUCCACAGUGAGAGCAGUGGGUGGAGUGGCCACCAGGCUGUGAGCACAGAGGACUCAGACUGCUCUAACCGGAACUACUACGACUCUGCAGCGAUGCCUGAACCUGACUCCACCUCCCUUACCCUACCACACCUCCCUAAGCACCUCCCCUACUACGGUUCGCUGCCCGCCAAAAACGGCCGCGUCGGACGGACCCGAGCCAAGGACUUCCUGCACCGCAUGGAGACACUACGUUCCCGGGGCACGCUGGGGAGGGGGCAUUGCAAGAAGCUGGUGAUCAGCGCCCCGGUAUUGCAGACAGAGCCGCAGGCCCUGAAGACGCUGCGCUGCGUGGAGAUCACCAGUGGGGACGGGUCGGGGGCGGAGGUACCCACUGGGGGACCAAUCCUAGGGCUAACCCCCCAGUGCCCCUCCAGCAGCGAGGGCAGCCACUCCAGCGGCAGCACUGUCUCAUCCCCCAGUCUGAAGGAGAGGAAGCCCCACUCCCAGCGGACGGACCGGUCCGACGCCAAGCGCAGUGGCAUGUAUCUGGAGGACUUGGCAGUGUUCUCCAGCCUGCAGCGGAUCAGUGGCGUGGCCCAGGGGAAGAGGGGCGUGACCGAACACAAUCAGCGUAACGAGUUCCGCUCCUACGAGGACCUGGUGGUCCACAUCCCCAAAGACCACAAGCCUGGCACCUUCCCCAAGGCCCUGUCCAUAGAGAGCCUCUCCCCCACCCUGGGGGCCUCUGUCUCCUGGCACAGCGACAACGUCGACCCCCUGGAGCCCCAGUCCAACCCCCACCCUACCUCUAACCCGAGGGAGUUCCACCACCGCCGGCUCACCCAGUUCUGCCCACGGGGCAGUAGGAUCAGUGUGUACGACAAUGUCCCUGGGUCUCACCUCUAUGCCUCUACUGGAGACCUGCUGGACCUGGAGAAGGAAGACCUGUUCCCCCAUCUGGAUGACAUCCUGCAGCACGUCAACGGCCUGCAGCAGAUAGUGGACCACUGGUCCAAGAACAUGCUGCCCUCUGCAGGCCUGGAUGGACAGGGGAUCCAGCCUGCAGGUCUGAAGUCAUCCAGCCAGAUCACGCUGGACUUUGAGGGGACGUCUGUUCUGGAGGGACAGAGCACAUCCAGUGACGGGGACAGAGACGGCGUGUCCCUCAUUGAGACUCACUGUACAGGACACAGAGAGAGGAGGGACUCAGGGGUGGGAGCAUCACUAACCAGACCCAACCGUCUGCGAUGGCCCAGCUUCCAGAUGUCCAACCGGCUCAGCCACUCAGUGGCCUCGCUCCAGAUCACCAACCAAUCAGCAGGCCAGCUCAGCCUGCUGCAGAAGUUCUCUCUCCUCCGCCUCACUGCCAUCAUGGAGAAAUACUCCAUGUCCAACAAACACGGAUGGACCUGGUCGGUUCCAAAGUUCAUGAAGAGGAUGAAGGUUCCAGACUACAAGGACAAGAAUGUGUUUGGUGUUCCUCUGAUCGUUCACGUCCAGCGCUCUGGUCAGCCCCUCCCCCUCAGCCUGCAGCAGGCCCUCCGAUACCUCAGGAGCCAGUGUCUAGACCAGGUGGGUCUGUUCCGUAAGUCUGGUGUGAAGUCUCGUAUCCAGGCGCUGAGGCAGAUGAAUGAGUCGUCUCCUGAUGAUGUCAGCUACGAGGACCAGUCAGCGUACGACGUAGCAGACAUGGUCAAACAGUUCUUCAGAGACCUGCCUGAACCUCUACUGACCAGCAAGCUGGGAGAGACCUUCCUACACAUCUACCAGUAUGUUCCUAAGGACCAGCGGUUGCAGGCUGUGCAGACGGCCAUCAUGCUGAUGUCAGACGAGAACAGGGAGGUGCUCCAGAUGCUGCUCUGCUUCCUGUCUGAUGUUACUUCCUCUGUGGAGGAGAACCAGAUGACUCCCAUGAACAUCGCUGUGUGUCUGGCCCCGUCCCUGUUCCACCUCAACAUCCUGAAGAAGGACAACCUCUCACCCAGGGCCAUGCAGAGGAAGUACACAACAGGACGGCCCGACCAGAAGGACCUGAAUGAGAACCUUGCCGCGACGCAGGGACUCGCCCACAUGAUCAUAGAGUGCAACCGACUGUUUGAGAUUCCCCACGAGAUGGUGACUCAGUCCAGGAACUCGUACGUGGAGGCGGACCUUCACGCUCCCACCUUAGAGGAGCUUUGUAGACAGCAGGAGGAGGAUGAUGCGUCCUACCAGACAGAGGCCAGACCCUGCCAGACACACUCAGAGACCAGACCGCAGAACCUGUACCAGAACUACGUAGAGAGCAGGCUGCAGGAGCUCCUGAAGGAGGCCAGAGAGAAGACUAAGGGCUGGGUGUCCUGUACCAGCUCAGACAACACUGAGCUCUACUGUAAGAAGGUGGGUGAUGGGAACCCUUUGCGGCGGUGGCGUGUGGCGGUAGAAGUGGAGGCCCCUCCCUCGGUUUUGUUGAACCGCGUGCUGCGAGAGCGCCACCUGUGGGAUGUGGACCUGCUACAGUGGAAGGUAGCUGAGACUCUGGACAGAUACACUGAGAUGUUCCACUAUGUCCUCAACCGCAUGCCCCCACACCCCAGCAGAGACUUCCUGGUCCUACGGUCAUGGAGGACUGACCUUCCCAAGGGGACGUGUGCAUUGGUGUGUGUGUCUGUAGAACAUGAGGACUGUCCCCGGGUCGGUGGGGUGAGGGCCGUGGUUCUAGAGUCCAACUACCUUCUAGAACCCUGCGGCUCUGGGAAAUCCAGACUCACUCACAUCUGCAGGGUGGACCUCAAGGGGAGGAGUCCAGAGUGGUACAACAAGGCCUUUGGUCACCUCUGUGCUGCUGAAGCUGCUCGCAUUCGCAACUCCUUCCAACCAAUCAGCACAGAGGGGCCAGAGACCAAGAUCUGACAUUAGAGUCUUCCGUUCAUAGAGCUAGACCCACACAUACCUGGAGGGAACUACACCCAACCUGGCUUAGCCUAGAACUAGUGUAACCGAGUUGGAUUUGUAACCUCACUCCCCAGCCUGAAAUGUCUCCACUUGUGCUAUCGAACUGCUAACUUUUUGGUAGCGUAGUUGGCUAAGACAUUGUCAAGAUGCUGGUCCAGUAAGGAUUUGUGAGUGAGGAAGCUAUACCAAGGAAGCACAGUGACGUCUGUUACACCAGACUAAAUGAUGUCUGGAGCUAGACCCAUCCAUCCCUUCCAUGGCCUGCCAACCAUGUCUGGAGCUAGACCCAUCCAUCUCUUCCAUGGCCUGCCAACCAUGUCUGGUGCUAGACCCAUCCAUCCCUUCCAUGGCCUGCCAACCAUGUCUGGUGCUAGACCCAUCCAUGCCUUCCAUGGCCUGCCAACCAUGUCUGGAGCUAGACCCAUCCAUGCCUUCCAUGGCCUGCCAACCAUGUCUGGAGCUAGACCCAUCCAUCUCUUCCAUGGCCUGCCAACCAUGUCUGGAGCUAGACCCAUCCAUGCCUUCCAUGGCCUGCCAACCAUGUCUGGUGCUAGAGGAGUAUAUAUUCAUAUAUUCAUAGAGUCCUGAAGCCAAUAGGCAGAGCUGCAGCGCUAAAGUAUCAAAUAGACCAUGCUGACGAAUGGUUAAAACCAGUGGGUGGCCGCCCUAUCGCAUCUGACCGAUGAACAUCAGUCGUCAUUUUCUAUUUAUUUCCAGACGAUUCUACAUGUUUAAUCACCACCGUUUGUUGAACCCCAGCAGGUGAUCUACUGUUACUGUGCACGGCUAAUAUUCAUGUUGGUCUGUCUUGAAAUGUGAUGCCAGAACACAGAGACCAAAAAGAGUAUGGAGCAUCUCUGGACUCUGCACAAUGACACAAGAAGACCUUCUUAGGUGCUGGAUGUUAUUAAGACGUUAUUAUGAUGUUAUUAUAAAAUUAUUAUAAUUAACCUAUUAUUAUUUUUAUUUUUAUUAUUAUGACCGAAAGGAGAACAGAAUGACGCUCCCAAUGUCCAUUAGUAUUUAGUAUUACAGUUAUGUCUAGGACAUUUAAGCUCUUCAAAGCUUCUGGGAAGCUGUAUGUUAUUUUAUUAAUGUAAAAUGUAAUGCUUUAUGUUAGAUAUGCUGUGUGUGCACGCAUGUGUCUGUAUAUAUCUGUGUGUGUGAAAACAUACAUGCAAGCAUACUAGCUGUAUAUACUGUAUAUUUGAAAGGCUUAAUACUACAACUUAAAUAUUGAUUCCAGCAUUGCAUCAUUGUUAUUGUAAUUCAUACGGUACUAAUCUGUAAGCUGGUUUUACUGGGCUUUAACAGUGCUGUGUGUGUCUGAAUGGCUGUAAUGUUAUUCUAUAUGACCUUAGUGUUUAAGGUUGAAAACUAUGUCUGCAUCCUAAAUGGCACCUUACUUCCUAUAUAGUGCACCACUUUUUACCAGAACCCCCAUAGGGCUCUGAUCAAAAGUAGUGCACUAUAUAGGGAAUAGGAUGCCAUUUGGGACGGAGCCCAUGUGACUCAGGUUUGAUCUCCAGACCUGCUGUAGAGAGCUGGCUGGACUGAGCUUCAGUUUAGUUCCAGAGACAAGAUUUUUUAAUUAAACAACGUAAAAUAUGUUUAUGAAACGUUUAUAUUGAGUGUUUAUUAUUUUUACACAGACAAAUGCAAUUCGAAUGGAUUAGAAUAGAAACUUAAUUGCUCUAAGGGAAUUUGCUUAAUUGAAAGUCGCUCUCUUUCCACUUCACUUGCAGUUUCUUUAUUUUCAGAGUUGUAUGUUCCUGCUGGUCAACACCUCACCUCACAUGGUGUGUUCUAUACGUCACAUCCCAAAUAGAACCCUAUUCCCUACAUAGUGCACUACAUUUGACCAAAGGCCUGGUUUGGUGCCAUGUGGGAUGCAUUCUAAGCCUUUACUCUAUACCACCCUGCAUCCCACUGCUGGCUUGCAUCAAGCUAAGCAGGGUCAAUCUUGGUCGGUCCCUGGAUGGGAGACCAGAUGCUGCUAAAAGGGGUUUUGGAGGGCCAGUCAAUCUUACUUCUGGUAAAAAUAAGCAGAAAACAGAUCCUAAUACCCCAGGGUAGUGAUUGGGAACAUUGCCCUGUGUAGGGUGCCGUCUUUCAGAUGGGACGUUAAACAGGUGUGCUGACUCUGUGGUCACUGAAGAUCCAUGGCACUUAUCGUAACAGUUAACCUCGGUGUCCUGGCAAAAUUUCCAUCAUGGCCACCUAAUCAUCCCCAGCUUUGAAUUGGUUCAUUCAUCACCCCUCCUCUCCCUCUCCCCUGUAACUUUUCCCCAGGUUGUUGCAGUAAAUGAGAUUUUGUUCUCAGUCAACUUAUCUUCAGGGAAUUUGAAUUAACCAAACCAAAAAAAAGACCAUCUAUAACAAUCUACUGUCCUCCCAGCAUUCUAAUGACCUUUCACCCCUGACCCCACAUAGCUGUUCCACACCAUAGAGAACACCCAUGUGAUGUCAGGGACACCGCCAGCAACAAUAUACCAGAUCAUGUUUACAUACCUCUUUCCCGAAUACCACAACACCACACACAGUCACAGGCCGCCUAAAGAAGACAUGGAGAAGGAUGAAUGAGGAAGAGAUGAAGAAGGCAAAAAACGCCUGGAAUGAGGUCAAGAAAACCGCCCAGAACAGAGUUAUCUGGAGAUGAGCACCGUCGAGGCUCUUUGCUCCACUGGGAGCUGAAAGGAAUAAGUCAAGUAAGUCAAGACCCAGUCUGUCAGAAUACCUCUCUCCCGUGCACACUCCGUCAGAACAGACACUCCCACUCACUCUUAGACCAGGACAAGUUAGAGCUGUAUUAGCCAUAGAAGGGUUCUAACCCCCUGGUCUCCUUAGAGCAGCAUGCUAGGCAGCGAGUUGGUGUCCAGAGUCACAUGCUACACAAAUAGGACAAGACAGGAUUGGACUAGAGGCCCUAUUUCUGUUAAGAACACAAUGACCGGGGCCUCCCGAGUGGCGCAGUGGUCUAAGGCACUAGAGAUUCUGGGUUGGAGUCCAGGCUCUGUCGCAGCCGGAGGACCCAUGGGCCGGCAACAAUUGUCCUAGCGUCGUACGGGUUAGGGGAGGGUUUGGCCGGCAGGGAUGUCCUUGUCCCAUCGCGCAAUAGCGACUCCUGUGGCGGGCUGGGUACAGUGCACGCUGACAUGGUUGCCAGGGGCACUGUGUUUCCUCUGACACAUUGGUGCGUCUGGCUUCCGGGUUAAGUGGGUGUAACAGUUUAACUUUAGUACGUCCCCUCGCCCCGACCCGGGCGUGAACCAGGGACCCUCUGCACACAUCGACAACAGCCACUCACGAAGCAUCGUUACCCAUCGCUCCACAAAAGCCGAGCCCCUUGCAGAGCAAGGGGAACCACUACUUCAAGGUCUCAAAGCGAGUGACGUAACCUAUUGAAACGCUAUUAGCGCGCACCACCGCUAACUAGCUAGCCAUUUCACAUCCGUUACACUCACCCCCCUUUCGACCUCCUCCUUUUCCGCAGCAACCAGUGAUCCGGGUCAACAGCAUCAAUGUAACAGUAUAACUUUAUGGCAUCCCCCCGCUCCGACCUGGGCGCGAACCAGGGACCCUCUGCACACAUCAACAACAGUCACCCACGAAGCAUCGUUACCCAUCGCACCACAAAAGCCACGGCUCUUGCAGAGCAAGGGGAACCACUACUUCAAGGUCUCAAAGCGAGUGACGUAACCGAUUGAAACGCUAUUAGCGCGCACCACCGCUAACUAGCUAGCCAUUUCACAUCCGUUACAUGAGCAUUGUGUCAAGAAGCAGUGCGGCUUGGUUGGGUUGUGUUUGGAGGUCACACAGCUCUCGACCUUUGCCUCUCCCGAGUCCGUACGGGAGUUGUAGCAAUGAGACAAGACUGUAACUCCCAAUUGGAUACCGCGAAAUUGGGGAGAAAACAGAGUUUAAAAAAUGAAAUAAAUAAAAAAGAACACAAUGACUAGUGAGGCCUGGGAGCACAUAGUGGAAUGGAAUCAGAGUGAAACCAAACUUGAAAUAUAUCCGUUAAAUAUUACCCAGUUUUUAUUAGAGGGUGGAAGAUAAAACUGCCGAUGUGCCCUUGAGCAAGGCACUUAACCCUAAUUUCUCCAGGAUCGCUGUUGAUAAUGGCAGACCCUGGCUGUGACCCCAGUCUCUGAGGGUGUCUCAGGGGAAGUUAGGAUAAAUAUAAGCACCCACCAAAUUAUGAUUAUAAUUUAUUAUUUACAGGAUGUUGUUGCUCCCUGGUGGUCAUACUGUGUAUUACAACAUUCAGUCUGUUGAUCUCUCAACUCAGGGUUGUUCAUUUUUUAUUUGUGUUUCAUACAUAUGUAAUAUGUUUUAUUGAAAUAAUCAGAUUAAUGAUGGAGGGAUCACAAAAGAUGGCUUAUCCCAAAUUGACCCCUAGACCCUAUGCCCUGUGCACUUGUGACGAUAUGAGAGGAUUUUACAGGCAGGGAAAUAUGGUAAUAGCUCCAACUUGCACUCUGAUAGGCUAGGUGCAUGUUUCACCAUACUGCAUACACCAAUCAAGUGCAUAGGGUAUGGUUCUAGUGCACACGUGUCAAACUAAUUCCACGGAGGGCCAAGUGUCUGCGGGUUUUCGCUCCUCCUUUGUACUUGAUUGGUUAAUUAAGGUCAACAAUGAGUAAGGAACUCCCCUCACCUGGUUGUCUAGGUCUGAAUUGAAAGGAAAAAUCAAUAACCCGUAGACACUCGGCCCUCCGUGGAAUGAAGUUUGACACCCCUGUUCUAGGGGUUGAUUGGGAUUGGGCCAUAUAUAUAGUUUCCUCCCAUAUUCACUGAAAUAAUGUAUUAAUUUAUCCACUAGAUAGCAUCAUCUGAUUUCUGAACAAUACAGCUUCAUCAAACAGACUGGAUUCAUAAGGUUACAGAUUUAUUUGGUGUCCCAAAUGCCACUCUAUUCCCUAUAUAGUGCAUUACUUUGACCAGGAUCCCGUCCCAAGUGGCCCCUAUUCCCUACAUAGUACACUACUUUUGACCAGAGCCCUAUGGGUCCUGGUCCAAAGAGGUGCACUAUAUAGGAAAUAGGGUGCCAUUGGGAACACACAUUAAGUAACUUCCCCCAAACCUGUUAUUUCUGUUCUUCUGUGGUUCUGCAGGAAGACUCUCCAAGGUCACUUCCACAUCUACGGACUGUUCAAUGAGCUGCGAGACACCAGGAGUGUAUUUACAUAAUGAAAUAAAAGACAAGUAGACAGCCUUA